AUGAACAAUUUUUGGACCAAAUUGCACAAACUAAGAUGUCCAAAAGAAUUGCUACAAUUCAUUAUUGAAUAUUUAGACAACAGAACAUGCCCAAUAGAAAUAAACGAUCUGCUGUCCGAUGUACUUGAUGUAGACAGAGGGGUACCACAAGGAAGUGUUUUAGGUUCGGUUUUGUUUCUACUGUUCCAUGCUGAUCUGCCCACAGAAAUUCCAUCAUUACAACAUACCCAUAUGUAUGCAGAUGAUGUAGCAUUAGUUAUUGAUGCAUCACCAUGGUGGAAAAGUACAGAGGUGAUAACAAAUAUUCAAAAAAUUGCACAACAAACAUUAAAUGAAUUGCAAUCGUGA